UGACAAUUUCACAUGUUACUAUCAGCGGUUAAAUUGUCUUUAAUUUUGUUUACCAAUUAAUUGUAUUGUUUUCUAAUAAACCAUGGAUUUAAUUUUUAAACCAAUUAUACAAAAAUGUAAAUGGAGAUCAGGUAUAAUUAGAUUAACCUCAAAAUCAAGUGAAAAUUCAGAUAACAUUGACUGUCCGAAAACCGAACAGAAUUUUUCUCUACCAUUGUGCCUUGAAUACACCAAAGAUGGACUCAUACCUCACCUUACUUGGGAUCUUUUGAAAUAUAUUCCCGACAAAAAUGUUCCAGCUCUCGUUUCCCUUGGUUCGGUUUACAAUUUGUUGCCCGUUCUCAGGUCGUGUGAUUCUAGUUUUUCCGAAUUCAUCUCUUCGGAUUUCAAUCGAUCGAUUUUCUUGACUAUUCAAGACGUUUUGGUCAACCGACGGCAAGGAUUCAAUUCACCGACAUUCACUCCCAUUUGGACUGAAUCUGGUCGGCAAAAUAUUUACCCAAUCGAUUUAAUUGAAUGUGUUAAAUCAUUGAAACCCGAUUUCUAUCACCUACUUGCCGAUGGAGAGACACCGAAAAAUUGUUCUAACAAACGAGUCGAUAAAUCAGUUGAAAACACGAUCAAAUUGGCAGAGAACAGUUUUGGUAUUAAAGACUUUGACUGGACAAUUAAGCCGAUUUUUGGAGUAAUCGAAGGCGGUUGGAAUAUUGAGAAACGAUUAACAUCAAUUGAGAAAACUAAAUCAUUACCUGUUGAUGGUUAUAUUGUUGACGGUCUAUUGUCAACCGAUUUACUCGAUGAUUCAAAUGGGCUUGAAUUGAAAUUGUUAAUUUCAAAAAUUUGUUCCAAUUUACCUGAUGAUAAACCUCGAGCUCUAUUUGGUCCACUCAAACCUGAGAGAGUGAUUGAUGUUAUUUCAUCAGGAAUAGAUAUUAUCGAUUCAUCUUAUUGUGCCUAUUUAACUAACAAUGAAACUGCCUUGUUGGUGGAUAUUAAUUGUGACAACAUUACCAAUAUAACCUCUAAUCUAAUCAGAUUGUCCGAUGACAAUUUAAAGGAAGAUUUCAAAGUAAUCGAUCAUGAUUGUAAUUGUUACACUUGCACCAAAGGAUUUACUCGAGCCUAUUUGAAUCAUCUCAUGAAAACCAAAGAAUUGCUUGGACCAAUUUUGAUUAAUUUACACAAUCUAUUUGUGUAUUACAAUUUUAUCAAUCAAAUUCAUUCAUAUUUUAACUCAUUACAACAAUCAGAUUCUAGAAUCUGA